GCAAAUUGCAAUCAAACUUCCCUGUUAUCCAGCGGCUUGUCCUUCCUCUUUCCUGCUUCUCGUGGAGGAAGAGCAGCCUUGUGACGACCCGCUUCUCCCUUCGAUGGGGUCUGAUGGGAAAUCAGGAAUAGUUACCUGAUUCCUAUGUGGAGAAUUAUUCUUAUCCUUAUCCAAGUGGAAGCACUAUGAGACCCUUCGCCCGGCCCACACAAUUUUCUCGCAUUGCUGAUAAUUUCAGCUCCCUCGAUCAGGUUAUUUCUGCCUUAAGGGAUGGUGGGCUUGAAUCAUCAAAUUUAAUUCUUGGAAUUGACUUUACAAAGAGCAACGAAUGGACAGGGAAGCGUUCUUUUCAUAGGAGAAGCCUUCAUGCAAUUGGAGAUACCCCUAAUCCUUAUGAACAGGCAAUUUCUAUAAUUGGUCGUACGCUAUCUCCCUUUGAUGAGGACAAUCUGAUACCCUGCUUUGGAUUUGGUGAUGCAUCUACCCAUGAUCAGUAUGUGUUCAGCUUUUUCCAGGAUCACCGGAGUUGUCAUGGUUUUGAAGAGGUUCUCAUGAGAUACAGAGAAAUUGUUCCUCAUCUAGCAUUAUCAGGACCGACUUCCUUUGCUCCUGUAAUUAAUGCGUCAAUCGACAUUGUUGAGAGAAGCAAUGGGCAGUAUCAUGUCCUUGUCAUUAUUGCAGAUGGGCAGGUAACUCGAAGUGCUGGCUUAGCAUCUGGAAGUUUCAGUCCCCAAGAAAGUGCAACUAUAGAUGCCAUAGUUUCUGCAAGUCAGUACCCACUAUCAAUUAUUUUGGUUGGUGUUGGAGAUGGGCCAUGGGAUGAAAUGCAGCAUUUUGAUGAUAACAUUCCCCACAGAGAGUUUGACAACUUCCAGUUUGUGAACUUUACAAAGAUAAUGUCGGAGAAUCAUGACAUAACCAAGAAAGAAACCGCAUUUGCCCUAGCAGCUCUUAUGGAAAUUCCGUUCCAGUAUAAAGCGACUCAGGAGCUCAAUUGUCUAGGGCGUCGAAAGGGUAGAGUUCCGGGCCAGUUGCCCCUCCCACCUCCUCCUGGAGUUAUCAAUCAUGACAAGGCAGUCCUUGAUAAGGCCGCCCAUGCUUAUUCGACCCCCACAAGCUAUCAGCCGGCCGCUGCCUCAGCAACUAGUGCUUCGGUUGAGCAGGUUUGUCCAAUCUGUUUAACAAACCCAAAGGACUUGGCUUUUGGAUGUGGGCAUCUGACUUGCAGGGAUUGCGGGGAAACAUUGUCAUUGUGCCCAUUGUGCCGGGCACCCAUAACGGUGCGCAUAAAGUUGUAUUCUUCUUGAUAUCAUCCUUGUAUAAAUCCAUUUUUCUAGCCAAGAAAUUCAAUUUUUUUUUUUUUAACUGGUUCCUGAAGAGUUGUUGGUGUAAAUGCCUUGUAUAAAAUUUGUUCCUUCAAAACUUGUUUACUGAGGGAGAAAAUGUACCUGUAUGCUUGUGAUUUGUGUGUGAAAAAAUUCAAUGCAAUUUUUGCUCUGAAGUUAUUCA